AGGAAGCAGACGGAGGAUAGCCAUGUAUAAUAUACCGGGUAUCUAAACCGACAGACGGGGACAGCAUCUCGUCUUCCCUCGCUCGUUAGGAGCCGACUGGAAGCGGAGGGAGGCAGCGGGGCUGAGGGAAAGAUGGAGGAGAAGAAGCAGUUUCUUUGUGGGGUGGUGGAAGGUUUCUAUGGGAGGCCUUGGUCUAUGGAUCAGAGGAAAGUUCUCUUCCAAUGGAUGCAGCGUUGGGGGCUGAACACCUACCUGUAUGGUCCAAAAGAUGACCUAAAACACAGACUGUUGUGGAGAGAAGUCUAUUCUUCUGAAGAGGAGAGUCAGUUACGUACUCUCAUAGCGGAGGCCCAGUCGAGAGGUUUGAGGUUUGUUUACGCCCUCUCUCCUGGUCAGGAUAUUGUCUUCUCUUCUUCCUGUGACCUGACACUACUCAAACGCAAGCUGAGACAAGUAUCAGACUUGGGUUGCCAGGCAUUUGCCAUCCUGUUUGAUGACAUAGAUCAUUCCAUGUGUCAGGCCGACAGUGAGGCCUUCUCUUCAUUAGCUCAUGCUCAGGUCACAAUAACCAAUGAGAUCUAUCAGUUUUUGGGGGAACCACCUGUCUUCCUCUUUUGCCCAACAGAGUACUGCGGUUCUCUGUGUUCUCCCAGUGUAUCGAAGUCUCCCUACCUGCAGACUGUUGGAGAGGACCUGCUGCCCAACAUAACAGUAAUAUGGACAGGCAGUAAGGUCAUAACCAGGAAACUGUCUGUAGACUGUCUAGCUGAGGUGGAGUCUGUCCUCCAGCGCCCGCCGCUCAUCUGGGACAACCUGCACGCCAAUGACUAUGACUCCAGACGUCUCUUCCUGGGUCCUUUCAAGGAUCGAGAACCUCAGCUGAAGAGCCAUCUAAGAGGCCUGUUACUCAACCCUAACUGCGAGUUUGAGGCCAACUACAUCCCACUGCAUACACUGGGGAGCUGGUACAGAGCUGGACAGGAGGAGAGGAAAGAUGAGGAGUACGAGUACUGCCCUGAUAGAGCUCUGUCUGCUGCACUACACGAUUGGAUGGAGGAACUCAAUCAGCCUUUACAAGCAGGACGACAGAGCACACGAGCAGAGCAGCGUUCCUCUGCAACAGCAUCUCGAUGCAAAACUCCAGACAUAUCCAGCUGCCCCUCCACAUUCAGAGGGACCACUUCUGUGGCCAAGCUCCCUGUCUUCCCCCUCAACUCCAUCUCACCUCCACCAUCACCCAUUAAGGUUAAGGGGGAGAGGGAGACACAAGAGGGGGAGAAGAAGAGGACCAACCAGCCUAGUCAACAAAAUCACCAACCUCCAGCAUCCAGACCUGGAGCACCUUCAGGUGGAACCCGGGGACAGAAGGUCCAGGGUCGGGGGCACUGCUGUGCAAAGGGCAUGCUAAGUGAGUCCCAGGUGCGGCUGCUGGUGGGUCUUCACUAUCUGCCACAUGAACAUGGCCCAUCUGCCCAGAAACUAAUACAGGACCUGACCUGGCUGAAAACAAACUGCCACCUGGUCGGUGCUAACAGCAAGAAGGCAGCGGCUCAGAAGGCUGAUGAGUGGCGUGGCCGGGCCUCCAGGUUCCUGUCUCUUUGUGAAGACAUAGCACAGCUCCACUGCAGCGUGGUGGGUGGGGCCAACAGGGCGGUGCUCUACGACCUUUACCCUUAUGUGUGGGACCUGAGGAACACAGCUCUGGUGGCAAAGGCCUUCAUAUGUUGGCUAGAUGGGCGAGUGAUGAGUGACAGCUCCACCCUGGGCUCCUGGAGGAGCUGCUUCCACUGGUGUGGCAAGACAACAGGAGCAGAGCUACUGGGAGUGGAGUCAGAGCCAUGGGUGUUCAAAGGGGGCGUGUCUGGAGAGGUUCAGAUGCUUCUCCCUAUAGGCAGCAGCAAUGAACUCUUCACUCACCCUCCUCCUCUUUUCCCUACCUCUCGUCUCUACAAUGUCAGGCCCUACCACAUCAAGGACAAGGUGGAGUUGUAUCGGAUGGUCCGCCAGCUUCACCUGAGGACUCAGGGUGGCCAAGAGUCCAAUGCUACUCACCCAGAUGUCAUAGGAGACAGAUGUCUCGGACCUUGCCUGGCCUUAUCCCCCGAGUACAGCUUCAUCCUGGAGGAUGAGCUGGGUGUGUGUGGGUGUGUGUUGGGUGUCCUGGAUGUGCGCUCCUUUGCAAAGCGGUGCCAGGCCAGCUGGAUGCCUGCCAUGAGGGACAAAUAUCCACCCAGAGGAGGGAAUACACACCCCAGCACACAGGACUUGAUCCAACUGAUGGAGGAGGACCAGGGUGAGUACCCAGACUCCCUGCUCUACCACUUCCCCUCUCAGCUGCGACUGGACGCCCUGCCUGAGCUGGUGGACGUCAGCGUCAGCCGCACCCUGGUCACUGCCCUCCUCGCAGCACUCAAGGCCAACGGCUCUCAGGGCGUGUUCUGCGAGGUGCAGCCAACAGACCGUCAGAGACUGGAAUUCUUGACAAAGCUAGGUUUCCUGGAGAUCCUCAGAGGAGAAGCCAGGAGCAGAGAAGGAGUGGUGCUAGGAAGGCUGCUUUGAACCUAAACACACACACACACAUACACAGCACCAGAGCCAUGCAAAAACAAAUCCAUACACAAAGGCACCUACAUACACAGAAAUAUGUUAGAAACACUACAUAUAGAAGGCUCAGCUUUGGAAAGAAGCAGGAUCUGUAUUUUCUUUUUUUAAGAGCAAAAACUUCCUUAAAGGACCACUUUGGAUUCCUUUGAGUCUGUGUGGAAGUAAUAAGGAUGAAUCCUAAGAUUUCUGGGGAAUUUACACAAUAUAAAAUAAGCUUUGAUUUUAAACCUCUGCAGAGCUCUUCUAAUCUUUCUGGGAUUCUACUCUUGGCUGAGGAUUACAAGAUUUAGUCAAGUUUCAAGGUGGUCAACAGCAGAAUAGACUAAGAUGGGAGCAGAGUGUUAGAUCACAGCAGCAGCAAAGUUCUCUGUAACAGUGGAUCUAGUCUGUGUUAAGCUAAACUACAUAUUUACCCUACAGACCUGAGAGUGGUGACAGUUUUCUUAUCUGACUCUCUGCAAGAAAGCAUAUAAACAAAUUAUUCCUUUAAGUUAACAUGAGAUAUUCUCUCCUCCAGUACCCAAAGCUGCUAUGUUGAUCUUGUGCUCUGCUUCCAUGAUUUUCUUGAAAAUGUCGUUUUUGUUAAGUUAGGAUGUUGUUUCUAGGUUGUGACCAAAUCCAGGCAUGGCAUCACUGUUUACACUUACUUAGCUUAGAUGAAUGUUUACAUGCAUGAAGAACAAAACAUUGCGUGGCUGUUCACAGAGUAGGACUACUUGUGCUGACAUUGACACAAACACACUAUUAUAAUUUCAGUGGAAUGUUCUAACAUGACCAUAUUGAUGAAAAAUGUUUAUAGGGCUUUUCUCAACCAUCAAGUGUUAGGAGACACCAUAACAACACAAUGCAAGUGCAUGCAUGCUAAUAUUCAUCAGGAAAACAAAACAAAAUUGCAAAAAUAAUAGAUUUCUGUGCAUGAAAACAACACAGACAAACGCCUAUCUAAAGUUUACACAUAGUUCAAUUGGACAUACUGUAAUACUAAAUACCUCUCCUCCAUUUAAUAUCACUUACAUAGUUGUUAGAUGCUGUAAACAUCACAUUGCGUGUGCAUGGUGUAUGUGUGUGUCCUUUGUAUGAGUUGUGUGCAUGUGUGAGUAUGUGCCAGAUAUAAUAAGAGACAUUUUGCCUUUAUUCUGGACCAUGAUGAACACAAGCAUACAAGCAGACAUACACAUGCGCACACAGAGUCAUGCUAAAAUAAGCACAACAGCACUUGGUCAAAUCUUCACCUGAAAGUACAUACAACUAUGAAUGUUCAUCUUUUUGUAAUGCAGCUUGAAAACACACUACUGUUUGUGCAAGUGUUUAUAUUUCUACUUUAAUUUUUUUCUUUUUUAUUAUUAUGCCUGAUAAUUGCAGCCUGAAAGGCAGUUUUGUAUGUUUGUCCUUGUUACCAAUCUCCUCCCCGCUGUCUGUGAGAAGCUUCGUGGUAAAAUACUCCAGUCCCUGAGCUGAAACGUAUGUAAACAAAAAGCACAGAGAUGGAAAUGCAUGAUUUAAAAACGGCUUUAGAAAAGAUGUCAUUGUUUGUCACAGAAGGUUGUCACUUCACCUGUAUGGAAAGAAUAACUUCUUUAACACUACACCAUGAUAUGUGGUCCAAUUUAAUACAUGGGUGUGUUUGGGAAUAGGGAUGUGCACGAGGAACAUAACUACGUUAAACAUGUACACAGGCAACAUGAAGCACUGUGGAAAAAGUAAAAAUAAUGAACAAACCACAGAAAAGUACAAUGACUCUUUCAUUUAAGAGAACCUUUCAUGAUAAUAACAUUAACAUGCAUUCAUGCCACUACAUGUAUGUAUUCAUUGGCUCACUGUUUGCCUGCACUGAGGUACAAUUUGUUUUUACACCGAGUUCCAGUGGGGUACUGUGUGCUACGUCUAUGCAGGAAAUGAAAGGGGUUAAAAUAAUUAGAAUAGAAUUUAAUCGGUUUUUAUUGAUAACAGUUAAACUGUCAUUUUAACAACAAAUGAUUUUAUUGAACUGAAUUGUCAAU